AUGGAACCCAUUAAGGUCCAAUCAGAGGGCGGACUCAACGUCACCCUCACCAUCCGCCUGCUGAUGCAUGGAAAGGAGGUCGGCAGCAUCAUCGGAAAGAAAGGAGAAACGGUGAAGAAGAUGCGCGAGGAAAGCGGGGCACGCAUCAACAUCUCGGAGGGAAACUGCCCGGAACGUAUCGUUACCAUCACAGGACCCACCGACGCCAUCUUCAAGGCCUUUGCCAUGAUCGCCUACAAGUUUGAAGAGGACAUCAUCAACUCUAUGAGCAACAGCCCAGCGACCAGCAAGCCCCCCGUGACCCUGAGGCUGGUGGUCCCGGCCAGCCAGUGUGGCUCCCUCAUCGGGAAGGGGGGCUCCAAGAUCAAAGAGAUGCGAGAGUCGACUGGUGCCCAGGUACAGGUGGCAGGGGACAUGCUGCCCAACUCCACCGAGAGGGCCGUCACCAUCUCCGGAGCUCCGGAGGCCAUCAUACAGUGUGUGAAGCAGAUAUGUGUGGUGAUGCUUGAGUCCCCACCUAAAGGCGCCACCAUCCCCUACCGCCCCAAGCCCGCCUCCGCCCCCGUCAUCUUCUCGGGGGGCCAGGCUUAUACCAUUCAGGGACAGUACGCCAUCCCCCAUCCAGAUCAGUUGAGCAAGCUCCACCAGUUGGCUAUGCAGCAAACCCCCUUUACCCCUCUCGGACAGACCACCCCUGCUUUCCCCGGUCUGGAUGCCAGUAACCAGACCAGUAGUCAUGAACUCUCCAUUCCCAAUGAUCUAAUAGGCUGCAUAAUCGGGCGCCAGGGCACCAAAAUCAACGAGAUCCGCCAGAUGUCUGGGGCACAGAUCAAAAUUGCUAACGCCAUGGAAGGGUCAUCGGAGCGCCAGAUCACCAUCACAGGAACCCCCGCCAACAUCAGCCUGGCACAGUACCUCAUCAACGCCAGGUUCAGAGAUGUGGCGGCCAUGUGGAAUGACCCUUCCUCCAUGACCACUUCCUGA